CACCAACCACAGCGCCACAAAUCCCCACUCCCCCUCACACACCUCGAAAAUUCGUCAGCCAUGUCGGGCCGCGGCAAGGGAGGAAAGGGGCUGGGCAAGGGCGGCGCCAAGCGCCACCGCAAGGUCCUCCGCGACAACAUCCAGGGCAUCACCAAGCCCGCCAUCCGCCGCCUGGCUCGCCGUGGCGGCGUGAAGCGCAUCUCCGGGCUCAUCUACGAGGAGACCCGCGGCGUGCUCAAGAUCUUCCUCGAGAACGUCAUCCGCGACGCUGUCACCUACACCGAGCACGCCAGACGCAAGACCGUCACCGCCAUGGACGUCGUCUACGCGCUCAAGCGCCAGGGACGCACCCUCUACGGAUUCGGAGGAUAGAGGCCACCGUCCUCGUCUUCGUCCGCGCCGAACCCGUCGCUUCCUUGCAGUCAACAACCUGUUGUCUUCCUCAGUGUGUUCUGUUCCGUUCUGUUCAGUAGCUUUAGUUGGAAUUCGAUGAACUAGUUUGGCAUCUCUCCUUUGCAUUACCUCUCUAGCUAGCUUGUUGCUCUGUAUGUGCCCAGAUCUGAAAUCAAAUAUACGGAGUAUUAUCUUCCA